AUGCCCCCAGAGCACCAAAACGAGCUUCAGAGGUGGGAGAAUGAAACCCAAUCUUGGUUACAUCCUCGCAAAGUAUUAUGGGAUAGUCCUCUUCUCUACCGGCCUCCAUCUUGGAAAGGUUGUAUAAAAAUGAAAUAUAAUAAAAAUGUCAGUUCUUCUCGGCGUAAAAGCCGCAAAGCACAUUUUACAGCGCCAUCAAGUGUAAGACGAAAGCUUAUGAGUGCCCCAUUGUGUAAAGACCUUCGUCAGAAAUACAAUGUACGCUCUUUACCCAUCCGCAAAGAUGACGAGGUUCAAGUCACACGUGGCCAUCAUAAAGGUACAUAUUUCUAAGAUUAAUUGAAGUGUACGGCCGCCAUACGUUAGCGCCGAAUAGGUGGACUACCUCGGUAAUUAAAAAGUCUUUUAUUUUUGUCCGUGGAUAGUCGAAUUCAUGAAUAAAACUUGUCUUGGUAAAUAAAACUUCAUAUCUUGUUGGAGGUUGUAUAUUUUAUACGAAUCAUUUGAUUCAUUUCCACAUAAAUUAUGUUGUUUUAUAUGGUAGCCAAGCUUUUACACAAGUAUUGGAGUAAAAAGUAGUUUCUAGUAGUUUUUAAAUGUAAAUUUUAAAAUUUUCUUUGCAUAUAUUCAUGACACAGUUGCUAUAGCCAUUCAUUAGACAGUUGCUAUAGCCCUGACUGGAAAGUUUGGAAAUUGCGUUGGGGAGAUUUUGAAAAUUUAAUAGUAAAUAUAUGGAAAGCAUCAAAAUUGCACGGGCGAUAUCUCCCCCGUGUGAUAUCUCCCCCGUGUGAUACAAACUUUUCACACUAGGCUUAGCCUAUAGGAAACAGCUAUAGAGGGAGGGCUCAAAGCUAUAUUGUUAUCCAGCCCUCGAAAACCGUCAGAAUUGAGGUCGGCAAAAAAAUGCCGACCCAAAUCUGACCCCUAGGUCAGCACGUCUCAGCAUUUUUUAAAAUCUGUUUCCAUGUCUUGGAGCACUAGUAAUCGCGUAUUUACAAAUCGGAAUAUAAAGCAUGCCAUUUUCCACAGAAACGCAAAUUACAGUAGCACGCAAAUUACAGUCUUACCUAAAUUAUAUAUGGAAUACCUGUCAAUUUUUAAACCUUACACCGAAGUGUGUUUAGCUAAUCGAACUACAAAUUGAAUUCUGUAAUCGCUGACUUUUUAACAGCAAUCAGCACCAAAAAAUUCUUACUUUGGCUCAAUUAGGGUCGGCAAAAAUUUGCCGACCUGGGAGGUUGAUAGGUCGGCAUUGCCGAAUGCCGACCUUGUUUUCAACUGCUGGUUAUCUGAGGUUAUACCUACUUGUUUAAAGGUCAACAGGUUGGCAAAGUUAUCCAGACAUACCGAAAAAAAUGGGUAAUACACAUUGAAAGAAUUCAGCGCGAUAAAGCCAAUGGUGCAACAGUUAGUGUUGGUAUUCACCCAAGCAAGGUAGAGAUUGUCAAAUUAAAGUUGGACAAAGAUCGUAAAGCCAUCUUAGAAAGAAAGGACAGGAAGAGAUUGACUGAGAAAGGAAAGGGGAAACAUACUGAAGAAGAUGUUGCUAUGGCGACUGCUGAUUGAACUUUUUAAGUAAGUAUAUGCAAGAAAAAAAAGGUAUAAUUUUUAGAAUGACAUGCAAACCUAUAAAAUUGCACAUGUAAUCAUAUUCAAGCUUUAGGCGUAAAAAAAUACCUGUGGUUCCGGUUUCAUAUCGUGAAAAAAUUAGGUCGGUAGGUCGGAAAUAUAUAUUUUUUUUUGAAUAUUUUUUUCAUGGUUUUGGCAGUUUUUUGCUGGGCGAUUUGCAGUAGAGUCCCGACAUCAAUGUUAACUAGAGAUGCGUAUUUCCUAUGGAUGAAUUUAGGCAAUUUGGUUCAAUAAUUAGUGUGACAACAGAUGCCAUUUUGGCACGCUGUAUGAGCAGCCCGCAACCACCUGGAUAAAAUAGGGUCGCACGGUCAAUCACAUUGAAAAAAUAAUAGGGUCGGCAGAAAAAAAUAGGGUCGGUCGGGAACCGGAACCACAGGGGUUUUUUUUACGCCUUAAGAAACAGAAAAAUGCCAACACAUGAGGCAAUUUCUAGUAAAUAUCCUUUGCACUACUCCCAGACCACUACUAAGAUAACUACUACUCUUAUAAUUAAAAUAAAGUUCAAAUAGACUAAAUUUACAAUUAAUUAAGUUCAGUCAUUUCCUUGUACAGUAAUUUUAAAAAUCUAAUUGUAUGUGCAUUGAAAAUGUGUAUAACUAUUAGAGUAAUUUAAAAAUAUCUACAAGAUUUUAUAACUUGCUUACAUCCUUGUUUUUAGACAGAUUUUUUGAAAUUUUAAUGAUUACUGUAUUUGAAAAUUAUUCACUUCAAAUGGUUCUAAUGAUAGCUUUUUUCCUUUUUAGGACUACAUCAAAUUUGACAUAAAAUCUUGUGGUAUAAUGAAGUAAAUAAAUCUUUCCAACCCAAUCUAUAUUGUAAUUAACUGUUGUUUUUUGGUCCUUAGUAUUGAGCAG